AUGGCCCAGAGAGUUACAAAAGAGGAAAUUGAAAACGGCCAAAGGCUGUCUCGAUUCUCACCCGUUUUCAAAAUUAACCCGACAACCGUCGUCAAGACUGCCCGAAUCGUUCGAAUGGCUGAAGCCGCAACUAUGAAGUUCGUGCUCGAGAAUACUAGCAUCCCGGUACCUGCAGUCCAUAACGCUUAUAUCGACGAAACUACCGGGCAUGUUGUCAUUAUCAUGGAUUUUAUAGAGGGCGAAAAUCUUGACAAAGCGUGGGUCAACUAUACUGAACCCGAGCGUCAGUCAGUCAUCGUCCAAUUACAAGACUACAUGUCCCAACUUCGCAGCUUUAAAGGCAGCUUUAUUGGCUGCAUUGAUGGCACACCUUGUCAAGAUCAAUAUUUUUUUAGCGAAAAAGAAGACUACGGGCCAUACCAGACAGAGCAUGAAUUUAACCAAGGUAUCGUCAACCUUAUGAGGAAACAAGGACCGCACGCCUUUAUUGCAUGGCGGUGUGAUGUCUGGAAGGAUGUUAUGAAAGACCACAACAUCGUGUUGACGCAUAAUGACUUUGACCCAAGAAACAUCCUUGUCCAGGGCGCCAAAGUUGUGGCUAUCUUGGAUUGGGAGUUUUCGGGAUUUUACCCUGAAUACUGGGAAUAUUGCAAAGCGGUAUCGUGCCCAGACUGGGAGCAUCCGUGGAGCCGAAGUCGUGCAAUCGAUCAGAUUCUGAGGCCAUACUACAAGGAAAUUUCUGUAUUCUGGAAUUCUGGCGAUGUUAUACAUUAA